AGUGGUAAAACCCCCGAAAACAUGUCGGUACUAGCAUACAUUCUGCCGCUGCUGAGGCUGUAUUUAAUCGGCGUAAAAGUUCUGCUACACCAGCUCCUAAACAGCGCCUUCACUUUGCCAGUUUUGCCCAGACAAAACGGGAGGGUUGCCAUAGUGACCGGGGGUUCCCGAGGCUUGGGAUACGAGACCGCCAGGCAGUUGGCAAGCCUUGGAAUGCACGUGAUCAUAGCCUCCAGUCACGAAGAGGAAGGACUGGCAGCAGUGAAGAGGAUCCAAGAGGAGAGUAAGGACAGAAAGGUUGAGUUUUUGAAGCUUGACCUCGCCUCCCUGGAGUCCAUACGGCAGUUUGCCCAGAACUUUAAGAAAAGGGGCAUUCAGCUACACGUCCUCAUCAACAAUGCGGCCGUUAUGCUGGUACCAGAGAAAAGAACAGAGGACGGCUUUGAAUCUCACUUCUGUGUCAAUUACCUGGGCCACUUCUUGUUGACUAACCUCCUGCUACACUGUCUGUGGGAUUCUGGGAAAGAUGACUUGUUUGCUCGGAUCAUCAACAUUUCGUCCUCCGCUCACUAUGUUGGUGACCUCACACUGGAGGACCUCCAAAGCACGCAGGGCUACAGUGCCCAUGCAGCGUACGCCCAGAGCAAACUGGCCCAGAUCCUGUUCACGUAUCGCCUGCAGCAGAUGCUUACAGCCUCAGCUGCUCCAGUGACGGUCAACGCCGUGGACCCGGGCAUGGUCGACACGGAUCUGUACCGCCAUCUCUGGAGCCCCGCGCGACUGGCCAAGAGACCUGUGGCCUGGCUUCUCUUCAGGACACCUGCCCAAGGAGCAGCGACUGGAGUUUAUGCAGCUGUGUCCCCAGAUAUGGAAGGCGUCGGAGGUUGCUACUUGCACAAUGGUCAACGGACGCAGUCUUCACUGGCCUCCUACGACGAAGUGCUGCAGGAGCGUCUGUGGAAAAAGAGCUGCCGUCUUCUUGGGCUUGGGGACUCCUGGUUAGCCUAG